AUGGCUCCCUCUCCUCCGCGGUUGCGGAUUCUUUCAGUGGGCGGCAACGCAGUAUCGGCUUUUCUCUCAUGGCGGCUUCAAGCCACGAAUGCCUGUGACGUGACGCUGGUGUGGAAAUCGGGAUUCGACGCGGUCUCACAAUAUGGGAUAUCGUUCAAGUCACCAUCUUUCGGCAAUGAACGAUUCAAACCUCGCCACGUGGUUCGUGCUCCCGAAGAGGCCGCGAACGGUAAAGAAGGAGCCUUCGAUUAUGUUCUGCUCUGCGUGAAAGCGCUUCCAGAUGUCUACGACCUUGCGGCUGUCAUUGAAUCUGUUGUCACUCCGCAGCACACAUGCAUUCUUGUCAACACAACACAUACUUUAGGGGUCGAAGCACAUCUCGAAUCGAGAUUUCCCAGCAAUGUCGUCUUGUCACUCGUUUCAGGAGCAGAGAUCACACAAUUAGGCGUGAGCGAAUUUGAGCAUAAGGGCUCGACGGAAAUCUGGGUUGGCCCGGCCAACAAGAACCCUUCGAUGCCUGGCACAAUUCAAAACGAUAUGGCAGAUGCGUUAGCCAUGACUUUAAGUAGUGGGCAGGUCGAUUGUCAUGUUUCCAGUAAUAUUAGGCAACAACAGUAUGAGCGUAUGAUUGGUCCUAUUUCUUUCCACCCCUUAAGCGUAAUAUUCGAAACUCCGUCGCACUCUGCGCUACUGGAGAAGGUUGGCGUCAAAGCACUUGUCUCCGAAGUUGUCGACGAGUUAUUGGCCAUCGCACAAGCACAAGAGUGCAGAUUUCCAGCAGAUUUUAAACAGAAAAUAAUGGCAGACAUGGUGAAACCGACAGAAGCGAAUAGCAUUAUGUAUCAAGAUUUUGCCGCCAAACGUCCAAUGGAGGUUGAGACAUAUCUUGGUUCUCCCAUCAAGCUCGCACAAACGGUUGGAGUGCGCGUACCACGAAUUGAGACGUUGUAUGCGAUCCUACACAACCUAAACAUUGUCAAUCAGCAAAGGAAAGAUGCUCCUCCGGCUCCAUCCCCAGCAGUUGGGCCACUUCCGAUGAGAUUAUCUUCUGCACCUCCGCCCCGGCCCAUGAUGAAUGGUGCCCCCAAUGGCAACGGUCCUCCUAACAGAGGUCGUGGGCGAGCACCCUCAAUGAACGGCCCUCCUCCAGGAAUGCGAAGGGGCCCUCCCCCUAUGAACGGUGGCCCGCCCAACGGAUAUCCAAGACCCAUGAAUGGUGGUAAUGGCUACCCGCCACGAAAUCCGAACCAGUCGAGAAGAGGCUCGUUAGAUGGCAAUGACCUUGAGGAAUUCAGCCACCUGGUGCUUUAUGACGAUAUUCCCGAAUCAGGCGAAUCGAACUAUGGUGGAGAAGGUCAAGGCAACGGCGGAGAUAUCGCUCUCCGCGAGCGUGAGUUGAUGCUCCGACAACGAGAAUUAGCACUUAGGGAACAAGAAAUGCGAAUGCGUGGUCCACCGCCUCCGGGUCGCGGUCCUCCUGGACCUCGAAGAGGUCCACCAACGCCAUCAGUCAAGAAUGGCGGCGGUGCAGCAUGGGAUGAUGAUGACGAGGACGAUUAUUUCGAUCCUGCGGAUGCUCCUCCUCCACCACAAAUCGACCCAGACAAUUUUGAUAUGAUGAGUGUGACUUCAAGACGCAACCGUAAAGCCCCAAGUGCACGAGAAUUGCGCAAGAAUCCCGAAUUUGAUGGACCACCUUCAGCUCGCAGCACUCGCGGAGGUGGUGGCUUCAUGCGGCCUGGCUUUCCUAGAAAUCGAUCCAGCGCCCGACUGACAUCCGCUAUGCCGGGUCUACACGACAAUUUGAUGGAUGAUCCACUAAUGGGCUACUCGUCUAACAGAUAUGGCACGGUUGACCGCCAGCAAAUGGGCAUAGAGUCCAGAACUAACUCACUGACGGCGGCAAGACUGGAUGAAUUACAGUAUGGGGGAGCACCUUCCCCGAAUGGCCAACCAGGCCCAUUUCCUCGAAGAGCCAGCCAGUCGCCUGGCAAUCCAUAUGCGCCGCAAAUGGCUAGAGGAGGUCGCAAGCCAUCCCCACCGAAUGGCUACGGGCCUCCAGUCAAUGGAAGACCGUCACCGCCUGGAGGAGCUAUGAGACAGCCUGUUCCACGCCAUCCUCCAGGACAAGGAAAUCAGGUUGCUCCGCAACAAGUUGAGCAGUAUGCAGGGGUGAGCGCCCUCCACCCACCUAAAGGCCCUAUGAAUGUUCGCAGUCUGACGGGUAGUGCAAGCGCUAGCGCGGGGAGUGGUGAAAGCGCCAAUAUCGAUUCCGAACCCUCUGCCCACAGCAGUCAGAGUAGCUUGGGUCCACGACCACCGAUCGGUGUACGGUAA